AUGGUCCGCGACUACAAUCGGGAGCCUUACCCUCGGCAAUGGCCCCCAGAAAGGUUUCCAAUUGACCACCCACCCCCCGAGGAUGGUAGAUACCACGAAGCUCGUGACGCUCGCAGACCUCCGAUGGAUAUCGAGAAGGCCCUCCGUGACCACUGCAACAUUCCAGCCAAGAGAUUCUUCAUGGUAGCUGUGUUGGACGAUGGUUCUACUCAGAUGUUUAUGAACACGCCAGAAAGACAGCCUAAUGCUUACAGCAAGUUCUUCAACUUGAAGAAUUUUGUUCGUCAUGUGAAUAAUGUCAGCCAUGGGAGUGGUGUGCGUCCUGUUGCCGCCCCUGUUCAUGAUGAUUCCGAAUUCAGCCUCGACGGUGAUGGCUAUCAACAAGCAUUUGGCGGCAGCUAUGGCAAUCGACACGAUCGUCGCCGACUUGGCGGCGAUUUCUAUGACGAGGAUGGAAGCUACAAGACGCGCAAGAGGCACAGAGCAGGCAUGGGCGGCGGCUACCGGAGACCUACAAACGACGAUGACGACGUUGCGAUUGUGGUUGCAUCUAGCUCCAAGAAGACCUUGAAAGUUGGUGACGAGAAGGACCUGUGGAAUCUCUACGAGCAACGAUUCAAAAACUGCCAGCAAACAGCCUGCAAGCUCAUCGCCAAGGCUUGGGUCAAAGUGGUUGAGCCCAAGAAGCAGACGAAUCAUCCCUACACUGGCCAAGACGAAAAGGCCCCAGACUGGUGGCCCAAGCCGUGGGGACCUACGAAAGAAGAAAAGGUCAGACACAAGGAGCCUGAUCAUCUCUAUAAGCGAGAGCGAGUCCAUCUUCUGUGUCACAUACUUCGAAUGAUCGUAGAACCACCUGAGAAACAGCACCCUGCCAUCCGCAAAAUGAACUUAAGUAUUCUAAAGCUCGAAGAAGCUACGACGGAAGCAAUGUCAGCUUUCUUUGCGGACAAGGAGAACAAGACAAAUGCCAAGAAGAAGCCGUAUCUAGAUGAGAUUUUCAAGGUUGCCAAGAUGGAGGAGAGGUACAAGAACGGUGAAGUUGUCUCAGAUGGGGAUGCUCAGGUUUUUGUCAUGUCGGAGGAUAAAUUCUCAGAGAACUAUCCCUCGGAUAACGAAGACAACGGCUUUGUCAAGGAAGAGGACGAACAUCCCUCAAUUACGUCUAGCGUUUCGCCAUCGAAGACAGGAGCACCGCACGACCUCUUGCACAACUCGACCAGCGAUCAUAGCCCGACAGGGCCGUUGCACGGAGGCCCUUACAUGAACGAUAUGCCGAUGCGCGGCCAGCAGCAAUACUCGACGCAGAUGCUUUCCUCAAACAUUCAACCCGAGCACCAUUUUGUAGAAACCAACAACAUCCAUCCGCCCGGCAUGCCACUUCAAGACCUGGUACCGACGACACACGAUCCGCACCGUCGCGCGUCCAUGUACACUUCACCUACGGAGUACUCCACUACCAACAAUGCCGGAAUGUAUACACAGCCAUGGCAAGGGAGCUCAGCAGCACCUGGUGGCGCUUCCGUCUACUCGUUCACGCCACAGCAACCCGGAACCGGACAAGGACACUUUGCGAACCCUAGUGUGCCACUCAACCAAAAUCAGUAUAUUCCUACACCGUACGACAACAUUUCACGGAGCGGCUUUGAUCAAGUUUUCCGGCCUGUAAGCGCCAGUCAAACGCCGGUGCAGAACUCUCAGGGAUUCCCAAAUUACCUACCUACCGACACACGCGGAUUACCUGGGUCGGGCGGGAAAGCGGAAGCACUCGCAAGGGGACAAAUGCAUUGA